AUGUCUCAGAUUAUAGCCUCGUCAUCAAGAAGACGAGACGAUCAAUCUAGUCAGGUUGACUGUUCUUCCAUUCAGGAAGCUGAUGACGAAAAGGCUCUGAAAUCCGAUGUGCAUGUCUCGAUAUGCAAAGAGAUCCCCGAACUUGGUGAUCCGGCCGAGGAGCAGCGGUUUUGGUUCCAACGGUCCAAGAACUACAACCCCAAUGCCAUAGCGACUCAACCUUCCGUCUUUGACGAUCCAGAUCUAGCGGAAGAGUACAAACCACAUCCCAGCUGGGAAAAUCUUCAUCGCUUCGACCCGUCUGCUAGGUGGACAUGGGCUGAGGAAUAUAAAGUCGUUAGGAAGAUUGACAUGCGCAUCUUGGGAUUCGCCAUCUUGCUGCUCAUUGCCAUGGAGUUCGACCGAUCUAAUAUCCAACAAGCAAAUGCCGAUAACUUCUUGGCUGAACUACAUCUGACAAGAGAUGACUACAAUCUGGGGAACACGAUCUUCAAACUAUGUUAUCUCUCCGCUGAUCUACCGUCACAGCUGUUCUGCAAGUGGCUAGGCGUCGACAGGUUCCUCCCGAUGCAAAUGACAGCCUGGGCAAUUGUUGCAUCAUGCCAAUUCUGGCUAUCUGGCAGGACGUCGUUUCUCGCGUGUCGUGCCCUUCUCGGCAUUUUUCAGGGAGGAUUUACACCAGCGAUUAUCCUAUAUUUCUCAUACUUCUACAAACACCAUGAGCUUUCAAUACGAUUGGGCCUCUGGUACUCGGCUAUCUCAGUUGCAGAUAUCAUUGCGGGCAUUCUAGCCUUUGGGAUUUUUCACCUGAAUGAUAUGGUGCCGGGUAUCAGCGGUUGGCGUUGGCUCUUCCUUUGCGAGGGCAUUUUUACUUUAUUGAUCGGCCUCGUGGCUUUCAUCCUUAUACCGCCCUCGCCUACGCAGACGGCCAAUUGGGCAAGAGGCAAGAAAGGCUGGUUCACAGAGCGAGAGGAGAUUAUCAUGGUCAACCGUGUGAUUCGGGAGGAUCCGAGCAAGGGGACCAUGCAUAACCGAGAAGCGAUAACGUUCAGCCUGCUACGAAAGAGUCUGUUUGAUUUCGACCUCUGGCCGUUGUACAUCAUAGGCCUUGUAUUCCAGAUGCCUUAUUGGACGCUUUCCCCUUAUUUCACAUUGCUUAUGAAGGACUUUGGAUUUUCUACGUACCAAGUUAUCUUACUUGCAAUGCCAUACAGUGGCAUCAACCUGGUUACAAGGCUGGGUAUUACUUAUGCAUCUGAGAUCUUCAACUCACUGGCCGUGAUGUGCAUCUUCGCCCAAUUAUGGACGCUGCCAUUUCUCAUAUAUAUGAAUGUGGUGGACUUUAGCAAUGUCAAUAAAUGGGUCGCUUGGACGGUGCUCACCCUUGUACUCGGCUUCCCACAAACGCACCCAAUCCAUGCCGGUUGGACUUCUCGAAACUCCAACAGUGUUCGGUCCAGAGCAGUUGCGGCCGCUUUGUACAAUAUGUUUGUCCAGGGGGGUGGAAUGAUUGGUUCAAAUGUAUACCAAGAUUCGGAUGCGCCACGCUACGUUGUUGGAAACCGAGUACUUCUCAUUAUCAUCUGCGUUAAUAUCCUUGUCUACUCCUUGACCAAGUUGUACUAUAUUCUACGGAAUCGUCACCGAGACAGAAAGUGGUUCACCAUGACGGAGGACCAGAGAAUGGAGUAUGUUGCAACGACCACGACGGAGGGUAACAAACGGCUCGAUUUCCGAUUCUCGCAUUAG